AUUGCCUAAACAUGACUUCCUACCUUGUCGUCAUAACGUCAGCUCAAGAAGACAAAUUCAUCCGGGACUAUCUGUUACAAAAUGCAACCAAUUCUGAUUACUGGAUCGGGGCAAACGAUCAACAAGAUGAAGAUCAUUUUCAGUGGAUGUCAAACGGAUCACAUAAACCUGUAAACUACACCAACUGGUAUCCAGGCCAACCAGAUAACUAUGGAGGGGAAGACUGCGUAGAACUGCGUCAGGAAUAUGGCUUCCGUUGGAAUGACUGGGGUUGUAAUAAUAGAGAAGGAUUCAUCUGUGAACAGUUUUAGAAGAGGACUUGUGAAGUACAAUGUAGUAUGAAAACAACACGUGUGAACUCUAAAUGACUGGGUUGUGUCAUGUCGCGUUUUCGAUUUAUCGCUGUUAGAUUUAAUAAAAUAGUGAUCUGAUCUGAACUCUUUUGACGUGUCCAUUAUGUGGAAAUCGAAUGGAAAAUAUCUUACAUACAAGAUUAAGGCACGCUUGUAGUAUUUUAAAUGCUGAUUUAUAUCGCUGUGGACUUGUUACAGAUCCAUCCUGCAAAUGUGAGUAUCAUUACGAGAGCAGCUUCGAUUACUUCUUUCAGUGUAAACUUUACACCCAGCAAAGACAUCUAUUAGACUCUUUAAGUACAUUUGUACCAAUAAAGCUACAGUUAGUACUAAACGGAAAUGUGCGGAAUUUGUCGACCAUCCCACGUCAAAUUAGAAAGAUAAACUACUUUAGUUUCCCCAUUUUUAUUUUAUUAUUUAUUAUUAUUAUUAUUAUUAUUAUUAUUAUUUUAGCACUUUAUUCACACUACAAAUCUAUUUUGUUUGAUAUUCUAUGUAUUAACUUUGUUCUGAACAUUUACUGUAGGCUUUCUUCCAGUUUCACCUUUUCUGCACUGUUAAUUUGUCUUAAUGUAUUUACUUUGUUUCAAAUAUUUGUAGUAAUAGUAGUCACCUAUAAUGUUAUAAUAUUUGUAAUUAGGAGAGGGCCUUGUAAGUUGAAUAACUUGUGCCCAAUCCUUUUGUGUAUUAUAUACAAUAAAAUAUGUUUCAAACAAACAAUAACGCUAUGUUUUCGAGCACGCCCAUCAUUAAGCGUAUGAUUCAUCUGUGAACAAUUUUAGAAAACGACUUGUGAAGCAGUAUGAAAGCAACACAUGUGAACUCUGAUGACUGGCUUGUGUCAUGUCGCGUUUUCGCUUUGUCGCUGUUAGAUUUAAUAGAAUAAUGAUCUGAUCUGAUCUGAACUCUUUUCACGUGCCCAUAUAACACUAUGUUUUUGAGCACUGCCCAUCAUUAUGGCGCAGGAUUCAUCUGUGAACAGUUUUAGAAGAUGACGUGUGAAGAAGUAUGAAAACAACACGUGUGAACUCUGAUGACUGGCUUGUGUCAUGUCGCGUUUACGCUUUGUCGCUGUUAGAUUUAAUAGAAUAAAACAAAAAUGCGACACAUUUUGAACGAAAACGUGACAAUACGACAAAGCGAAAAUACGACAUAGCAAAAAUCAGCCACCGUAGUGAAGAUCAGAUUUCAGAAAUAAAGACUACUUUGCUGC